GAUACCCGGAUGUUUGAUGUACUCGAACAAGACUGGUUACUCGCAUCAAUGCCUCGGUCUCGUCAUUUAACAUUCAAGCAAAUUGUUUCUGCUCAGCGGGAAUGAAUUUGAAACCGUACAAUAUUGCGGACCAAAACGGAACCAUGGACAGAAUGUGUUGACACUGUCGUCUUCAAGUUUUACCGGUCUGCAGAGUGAAAGCAUCACACAACACCCACCAACAACCUGGAUAGUUAUCCGCUAGCAGAUCAACUGAGGUUCAAGCAAGAGAUGCAAGAGACAACGAGGAAGUAAAACAUGAGAAAAGCAAACAAUUCAGAGUUAUAAAGCUGGACUGAGAGAAGACCAGAGGAUAAAGAGAGAGAGAAGGGGUGAGUUUUUGCGCUGCAGUGUGGAGGUUGGAGGGAGGUCAUGGUGUGGCAGGGGCUGUGGGUGUUUAAGCCCCGCUUUGGGAAGCGUGGGGGCCGGUUCGGAGUGGUGCCUGCUCUCUGUCUGCUGAUAGUCAGUGCUGCCCUGCUAGCUCUACUCUUCAUUGACUCCAUUGAGUCAUGGGCCACAUACAUGAAUAUGAACACAAUGGUAGAGGCACAGGGGGGGAUCAUACCCCCUCAGAGUGUCCCCCCAACCAGACCCGAGGAGUACCUCCUUAUGCCCAGCCCUCAUGUCUGCCAGCAUGCCAAGCCCUACCUCAUCACCAUGGUGACCUCCGCCCCAGCCAAUCAGAGGGCCCGCCAGGCCAUCCGGGACACGUGGGGUGGGGAGGUGGAGGUCAGGGGUCAUAGGGUCAUGACCUUGUUCAUGCUCGGGGUGGCCUCUGACCCCGGGCUAGCCAAACUGCUGAUAGAUGAGUCCUGGGAAAGAGGGGACCUGAUUCAAGGGCGUUUCUGGGAGUCCUACUCCAACCUGACUCUGAAGACGCUAUCGAUGCUGAGCUGGGCCCAACGCUUCUGCCCCCAGGCCCACUUCCUGGCCAAGGUGGACGAUGACGUCCUGUUCAACCCUGGAGCCCUUCUGCUCUACCUGAACAGCACCUACGAGCACGGGGACCUGUACCUGGGCCGGCUCCACCAAAACGUGGCUCCAGACCGAGACCCAGGCAGUAAGCACUACCUCCCUAGAGGGGCGUACCCUGCCUCUGUCUUCCCCGACUACUGCAGCGGCACUGCCUACAUCCUGUCCCGCUCCGCCUUGCUCAAGAUCUCCCUGAUGGCCGCUGCCUCGCCUCCGUCCACUCCUCUGCCCCCCGAGGACGUGUUUGUGGGACUGUGUGCCCGUGAGGCUGGAAUGCUGCCCUCCCACUGCCCACUGUUCUCUGGUGGGCCUGUGGUGCCUUACGGGCGCUGCUGCUACCAGGCCAUGGUGUCCAUCCAUCACAUCUCCCCCAGCGAGAUGCUCCGGUUCUGGGCUGACGUCCACUCCCCUCCCUCCUGCUCCUGGUUGGGUAUGCGUGCCUCCCUGGGGGUCUGUAAAGUCCGGGCCAUGCUGGGGACCUUUCUGGGGGUGGAGCAGGGGCUAUGAGAGUGUUAUUGCCAUUGUGGAUAGAAAAUACUAUUGCGUUAUGGGGGGCUGUUUCUCUGCCAGUAUUUCAAUACUGUGAAUAGCACAAGUGGCAAGCACUCUAUUUCAUUAGCUAUGAUGAGGAAUCACUGUGCAGUGUGAAAAUGUACUUUUAUUUUUAUAGACUUUUAGGAACACUUUAAAUGUAUUUUAUGGUGAUGAUUAUUACGCUAGCAUUUUGUAAAAGCUGAAGCUAUAUGAAUCCGUUGAUUUAUUAGUGUGAAUAUAUUUUUAAGACUGUUAAAACACACACUACACAGACAUUAACUGUAGAUAUGAAAAUAUUACUGACCAGGAAACAUAACAUACAGGAUAUCCUAAUGUCAGUGUUUCACCUAUAUUAAUUCCGCAGUGUUUGAUAUUUCCUUUACAUUGUACUAUCCAGUACAACAAUGAAACAUUUAAAAAUCAAAUGUAAAUGCUUAAAUGACAAAUAAUUUCUCACGUUUGUCAUUUCAUUUGCUUGUUGUGAUAGCAUGAAUUGUGACAAAUUACAUCAAUUGGCAAUUGACAAUGCUUUUCCAUACUCCCUCCAGCAUGUGGCAUUUUUUCAUUGUUUCGCCCAACAAGCAAGGAGUUUUUCUAUGGAGGUCAAUGAGGGGGUGUCGAAUUUGGUUAACAAAAAAAUGUAUGGAUUAUUUGCUGCAUGAGGUUUAUUUGAUCGAAUAGAAGUUUCGUAAUGAUUAUGUUGAUACGAGUCUACUGAUAUAAGUAGGACACAUGACAUCCCGGCAACUUUGAGAAAAAACAUGUUAAAUCGGAGUUGUCUCUAGAUGGCUAUGCAUAUUCAUGGCAUGAGGCUAGUACCAUAGCUUCUCUCCACUGAAUAUAGGCGGUUGCGGGCGGUUGUCAACAUCCCUCAUCGGAUAUUCAAAAAAGGAUUACAAUAAUGAGCUGUAUCCACCAAUCCAAAGAAAGGAUAGGCGGGAGCUAGACAGCCCGCCAUGCCGCUUUGUGGGCAACGACUCCCAUUGUUAGGGUGGAAAGACAUGUACAGUGCCUUGCGAAGUAUUAACUUAAGGGGGCUGAUAAAUUUUGCACGCCCAAUUUUUCAGUUUUUGAUUUGUUAAAAAAGUUUGAAAUAUCCAAUAAAUGUCGUUCCACUUCAUGAUUGUGUCCCACUUGUUGUUGAUUCUUCACAAAAAAAUACAGUUUUAUAUCUUUAUGUUUGAAGCCUGAAAUCUGGCAAAAGGUCGCAAAGUUCAAGGGGGCCGAAUACUUUCGCAAGGCACUGUAUCUUGUCAGUAUACGGUAUCUAUAAUAUUUGGUAUUGCUAGCAUGCCCAGGCAACCUCUUCCGCCUCACAUUACCAAAACACCGCCAACCGUGUUUGAUUGACAGGUCUAACACAUUGAAAAGGCAAAGGAGCAAUGAGGAAACUAUAUAACAUUUGAAUUUUGACAGUCUUAAACCACAGAGUUUUGGAAAAUAAUUGUCAAUUGUAACUGAGAAAGCAUGAAUUGUGACAAAAAGAAAAUGCAGUCACAACAAGCAAAAACAUGAGAAAUAGUUUGUCAUUUAAGCAUUUAAAUGUUGUUUUUAAAUAUGUCAGUGUUGUACUGGAUAGUACCAUGGAAUUUAAAUAUGUGACUAGUUUCAGGAAACUACUUCACAGGAGAGGCAUUUCAAUAUAAUAAAAAAUAAAAAAAAUAAAAAAACAUUUUUUGGGCAGAAAUGCCUUCUGGAACAUGUGAACUUUCAUA